AUGUUCAAAAGGAUACUACGACAAAGAUGGACUUUUAUUCGUCAUAAUCACACACAACCAACUCCAUACUACCCACCACAAAAGCUAACAAACUCUACAUACACUACAAAUGAACCAUUAAAUAUAAUAACAUCAUCAUAUAUACAGCCUCAACCUCAACCAAAUGAUAAAAUUAUAGUCGCAAUGUCAUCAGGAGUAGAUUCAUCAGUAUGUGCUGCUUUGUAUGCUCAAAAAUACAAAAACGUUUCUGGAAUAUAUAUGUCAAAUUGGUCACAAUCAUCAACGUGUACAGAACGAGAUUGGAAAGACGUUUUAAAAAUUUGUAUUCAACUUAAUAUAGAAUGUGAAAGAGUUAAUUUUGAAUUUGAUUAUUGGGAAAAUGUAUUUCAACCUAUGAUUGAUAAUUAUAAAUUAGGACUUACUCCAAAUCCUGAUAUUUCAUGUAAUAAAUUUGUUAAAUUUGGUAAACUUUAUAAUUACCUUAAUGAAAAAUAUUCAAAUGAAAAUUGGUGGUUAGUUACUGGUCAUUAUGCAAGAAUAAUGAAAUUAGGAAGUGAAUAUCAUUUACUAAGAGGAUUAAGUACUAAAAAGGAUCAAUCUUAUUAUUUAUCAUCUAUUCCAACAAAAGUACUUCCUAAAAUCAUACUACCAUUAGGUCACAUAUUAAAAUCAGAAACUCGUAAUUUAGCUAAACAAUUCAAUUUACACGUCCAACAGAAACCAGAUUCUCAAGGUUUAUGUUUUGUUAAUCCUAAUUUAAAAUUUAAAGAUUUUUUAAAUGAAUAUAUAGAACCUAAUCCAGGUAAUAUAGUAACAGAAGAUGGUAAAAUAUGGGGUAAACAUCAAGGGUUAUGGCAUGGUACAAUUGGUCAAAAAUCAAGUAUAUCUAUGCCUCAAGGUGAUCCUACUUAUAAGGGAACUUGGUUCAUUUCUGAUAAAAACCCACAAACUAAUGAAAUUAUGAUUGUUAAAGAUCAUGAUAAUCCUAAAUUAUAUAAACUGAAAUUUAAGAUUAUAAACAAUGAAUGGGUAUAUGAUUUAAAAAAGAUUAAACAAUUAGAUGUUGAAGAUAUUCAAUUUCAAUAUCAUUCAUUAUCACAACCAAUAAAAAUUAAAUCCAUAAAUUUUAACAAUAAUGAUAAUUCUUUUAGUGUUGAACUAUCUGAAUCAGUAAGAGCAGUUGCUCCUGGUCAAGGUGGAAUAUUAUAUAAAGGAAAUCAAGUAUUAGGUGGUGGUAUGAUUUCUGAAACUUUUUGA